UCAGAGUCCUGUUAAGAACUUAGGGUGUUCUAAGUGUCAUGCUAGCUGUAACAUGUUAUAGCUAGCUUCUAUAACCAAGAUAUUCCCACAUUUCAUUGGCUUAAUAUAAUAGAAAUUAAUUUCUUUUUUUGGUUAACAGUCCAAUGAGGAUGUUCAUGGUUGGCAGGGCAUUGCAGAGAGAGAAAGGAGCACUUGCUGGCUUUGACCUCCCUGGGUACGGUGUCCGAGCAGAGAUAAAGCACAAUUCCUUCAAGAUGCCAAUGAAGAAGUACAGGAGAAAAGACCCUGAAAGUUCCCAGGAACCUUCAGAGAAGACCAAAGAGCAGCUGGCUGAGGGGGAGCUUCGGAAGCUGAGGCAGCAGUUCCGGAAGAUGGUGGACAGUCGGAAGUCCUUUAACUUCCGCUCCCAGCGGAAGAUCACGAACCAGCACAAGGAAAUCAAGACCCUGCAAGAGGAGCAAGAUGAGAUCACCCUGCUUUUGAAUCUCAUCAAAUCCUCCAGGAACCUGGAUCUCAAUGAGAAAAACUACAUGGAACUGCGUUUCCUGCUGCAAACUAAGGAGGACUAUGAGGCCCUGAUUAAAUCAAUGAAACUGCUGUUGGCUGAACUGGAUGAGAAGAUUGUUCAGAUGGAGAAAAAGAUUGUAACCCAAAGACAGAUCUUCACAAAAAUACAGGAGGCCAAUAACCCCCGGAAAUUGCAGAAACAGAUCCAUGUUUUGGAAACCCGUUUGAAUCUUGUCACUGUACACUUUGACCAGAUGCUGACCACCAACGCGAAGCUCCGGAAGGAGAUCGAGGACCUGAGGUAUGAGAAGGCUGCUUACGACAACGUCUACCAGCAUCUUCAUCGGCGCUUGUUGAUGCAAAAGAAAACAAUGAAUGUGGCCAUCGAGCAGUCUGCGCAGGCCUACGAGCAGAGGCUGGAAGCCAUGGCCCGAAUGGCCGCCAUGAAGGACCGCCAGCAGAAGGACAUCUCUCAGUACAGCCUGGAGAUCCGAGAGCUGGAGCGUGUCUACGACCACGAAACCAAGCUCAAAUCCUUCUUGCUCGUGAAGCUGAAUGACCGUCUUGAAUUCGAGGAACAGUCCAAAAAGGAAGAAGUUCUUAAGGCAAAGAAGUUUGGGAAGAAGAGCAAGGGCGAGAGUUUUGAGAGCUACGAGGUGGCUCACCUCCGGUUGCUGAAACUGAUAAAGACUGGGAACCUGAAUCAGCUCAUCGAGGAGUUUCUGGCCAAGGAGGAGAAGAACUUUGCUCGGUUCACAUAUGUCACAGAGCUCAACAAUGACAUGGAGAUGAUGCACAAGAAGAUCGAGAGAAUCCAGAAUGAGAUCAUGCACUUGCGAUCCCAGCAGAAAUCAUCGCAUGAUGAUAGCUACUCUAUCCUGAGAGAGCUGGAGGAGAAGCUAAAGAAGACCACGGAGGAGGCAGACAUGUACGAGAACAACUACAGGGAGAUCAGCAAGACCUUGGAGUAUCUCAAGACCUCGGUGGAGAAUCUGUUUAAGAAGAUAAAUUGUGAUGCCACCAAGAUCCUGGUGCAGUUAGGGGAGACGGGGAAAAUCACGGAUACCAACCUCCCGCAGUACUUUGCCAUCAUUGAGAAGAAGACCAAUGACUUGCUGGUGUUAGAAUCCUACAAGCGGCUUAUGGAAAUGGAAGUGGCAGAGGCGGAGGUCCAGCCAUCCUUCCUCAACCCCUUCUGGGGCGGCUCCGCCCUCCUCAAGCCUGCAGAACCCAUCAAGGUCAUCCCCCCAGUGUUCGGGGCUGACCCCUUUAGUGACAAGUUGGAUGAAGAUGAGGAAAUUGAGGCACAGUGAGGUUAAGGAGCUUGUCCGAAGUCAUGAAGAUGGUGGGAGUUGAAAGGUAGGCUCUUUCAACUGCUUGAAUUUUAAGGAGGAAAUUCAAAUAAAAUUUUUAGUAAAAUGUGAAACUUCACAGAAUCAGGCCUGAGAGGCUACAAGGGAAUAUUUUAAAUAGAUUCAUUAAGAUUAAUUAGCAAUGUUGACAAGACAGUUGCUUGUUCAUACAGGGCCUUUGAUGAAUUAUUGAUAGCAAUAGUGCCCCUUCUUCCAGGCACAUUACUGCCACCUGCCAGAAAGAGUCUUAGGUUCUGAUUUUUAGAAAAUUAUAGCAAGACACUUGACUGCCAUCUGCUGGAAAAAACUUGCAACAAAUAGAUACUCUGCAGUAUAUAUUACUAAGGGCAUCCAGGAGGAUUGUGCAGUGUACAACCUACACAACGAUGCAUGGUCACCCUGCAUGACACCUUCAGUCCAUCAGGAAAUUGAUGCUGUCACCGGGUCUCAAUGUGUUAUGAGGAAGGCAGGACCUGGAGUCAGACAGAGGUUUGGAUCUAGGACCCGGCAUUUCCCAUUAGUGUUGUUCUUUUAAGCUAGUAACUUUGCCUCCCUGAGCCUCAGUUUCACCAUCUGUAAAAUGACCGUAGUGCUAGUCACUACCUCACAGGGUGAUUGAGAGAAUGAAUGAGGUAAGGGCUCAGUAAACGAGAGCGGAUUCUCUCUUAGUGUGGGGUCAGGGCUAUUUUAUGUAAGAGAGUCUGGAGCUGGAGUCCCUAGAAAGGUGAGGCCGGUAACUUGGGUACAGAGGGUGUCUGAAGGGGGC